AUGGAGAGUCUUCGAGUAAAGGUUCACGUAAAGCACGAAUUGGGACGAGCGCUUCUCGGCGAAUUCAUCGGCACUCUCGUCUUGGUGCUCAUUGGCACCUCUGUUGUGGCUCAACAUAUCCUCCCAAGUCCUCGCCUCAACGACUUCAUUGGAGUCAAUGUUGGCUUUGGUUUAGCCAUCGCUUUUGGUGUUGCCGUCUCGGCUAAACUCUCAGGUGGUCACAUCAACCCAGCCGUCUCCCUUAUGUUCCUCUCAUUCCGUGCUCUUUCCCCAGUCGCUUUCAUUCUCUACACUCUCGUGCAAACGGCCGGAGCUUUUGUUGGAGCUGCUCUUACCUAUGCUGUCUACCAUGAGGCUAUCGAAAAUUUCUCUCCCGGAGUUCGUUUGGUUGCUGGAGGCAAGGCUAGCGCUGGUAUCUGGGCCUCUUACCCAGCUGGCCAUCUCAGCCUCUUCGGUGGACUUGUUGACCAGAUUGUCGCCACGGCCGUUUUCUGCUUCUUGAUCGCUCACAUCACCGAUAAGCGUAACUCCUAUCCAUCAUGGGUUCAACCACUCCUCGUCGGUCUUUCCUUUGUCGCAAUCGGAAAUGCUUUCGGAUUCAACUGUGGCUAUCCAUGUAAUCCGGCUCGUGAUUUCGGACCUCGUCUCUUCACUUUCUUCUUCUACGGCGGUGAUGUGUUCACUCACAAGGGAUGGUUCUGGGUGCCAAUUGUUGGGCCAUUCAUCGGAGCACUCAUUGGAGCCUGGGUUUACCAAUUCGCCAUCGGUUUCCACACAACUAAAGAGGAGGAGACUCGCUACGUGAUUGUCGGCAAAUCGGAAAAAACCGAAGAGAGAAAGCCGCUCACCAGCACGGGCGAAGAAGUCGAAAUGCACACCGCU